AACAACCCUUAGAAUAAAUAACACAAGUGAUAUAAUUUCCCAUUUUUAAUUUCAAACCAUUUCAAUAGACUAGGAAAAUGAAAAUGAAUUUUAUUGACUUGUUGAGUAAUAGUCUAAUCGAGUCUUUGCCGUAAGUAGACUGUUUCUUUCCUAUCCAAUUAUUCCCCCGUCUAACACUCCUUAUUUUGACUUGGAAAGUUUUGUAAAGUAUUCCCUGUUAAGGCUGUAACAUUCUCAUUGUGCAUUAUUCAUGGAGGAAAACAAUAUGCUGCUUGUUUGGGUGACAUUAAACAUGAACCAUAUUGGCGGAUUCUCCAUUUCCUUGAUUAUAAUGGAGCUCCAAACCAUUUUUGUGCUCCUUCCGCUCAUCAUCUUUCUUCCUUUCUGUUGUUCUUCAUCUACAGACACCAUAAGAUUCAACGAAUCUCUUGCUGACGGCCAAGUACUAAUUUCCAGCGGAAAGAAGUACACUCUGGGUUUCUUCAGCCCCGGGAAAUCAACCAACCGUUAUGUCGGAAUUUGGUUCACCAAACUUCCCACACAAGAAGUGGUUUGGGUCGCCAACCGAGACGAUCCGAUCAACGAUACUUCCGGAUCGCUCUCAAUCGACCCCCGAGGGGGCGGCUUGGUUUUGAAUCAAAGAAUCAACGGUACUGCUGCUACUCUGUGGUCUACAAAUGUUUCGACCGGAGCGAAUCCGGUCGUGGCUCGACUGUUAGAUGAGGGAAAUUUCGUUCUGCUUCGACAGGAGGCAGAUCAUGAGACGGUUCUAUGGCAGAGCUUUGCUCAUCCAACGGACACGUACUUACCCUACAUGCCGCGGAAACCAGGACCGGACUACGCGAUCCGGUCCUGGAAGUCCCCUGACGAUCCUGCGACAGGGGACUGGUCCUACGUCCUGGACCCAAACGGGGUGCCUCAGUUGAUACUGUACGAAGGCCGAACCAAACGGUGGAGGAGCGGACCGUGGAAUGGAGUCGCCUGGUCCGGGAUCCCCGACAUAGCUCGAGUCUCCUUCUUCAACUCGAGCGUGGUGAUCGACAAAAACGACGUCACUUUCACCUGGGGACUUCGGGAUCCUGCCGUCGUAGCCAGGGUCCACCUGCAUCCGUCAGGGACCCUGAGCCGCGACUUGUGGCAGGACAAGGAGGGCCGUUGGGACGAGGUGUUUCGAUAUCCAACGGAGACUUGUGACGUCUAUGGGAAGUGCGGGCCGAACGGGAACUGUGACCCUUUCAAAGUUGUAGGAGACUUCCCCUGCAUCUGUCUGCCUGGUUUCGAGCCCAGGUCUCUGAGCGACUGGUUCCUGAGAGAUGCCUUAGGAGGGUGCGUCAGGAAGCGAGCGACGAGGAAUCUGGGUUGUGGAAGUGGCGACGGGUUUGUGAAAUUGGAAAAUGCUAAAGUUCCUGACACGAGGACCGCUACAGCGGAUGCAGAUAUGAAUCUGAGCAGGUGUGCACAGGAGUGUCUGAAGAACUGUUCCUGUACGGCUUACGCAAGCUCUAAUUUGACGAGUGGGAUUGGCUGCAUUCGAUUGUACGGGGAUUUGGUGGAUACGAGAGUGCUUAUCGGUGUUGGACAGGACUUGCAUGUGCGAGUGGACGCAAUUGAAUUGGCGGAAUACAGGAAACAGUUGAAAGGGCAAAAGGAAAAUAUGAAGGUUUUAGCGAUUGUAUUGGCUUCUGUUGGUGGUGCGGGCAUCAUAUUGGGGGCUUCAACCAUGUAUUAUUGCCUCCUGAAAUGGAAAAGAAAAGGAAGUAGUGGAGAUACCAAUCAUAUGAUUUCGAGAACAAAGUCCGAGUCUCGAAAGGAAAACUUAUACGAAGAUAAAGAUUCAUCGGUACCUACUUUUGAUGUACUAGACAUAUUUGCUGCCACCGAGAAUUUUUCUCCUGCCAAUAAACUUGGACAAGGUGGCUUCGGUUCUGUUUACAAGGGUACACUAUCCAGUGGGCAAGAAAUAGCAGUGAAAAGAUUGAUAUUUGGUUGUUGCAUUCACGGAGAGGACAAGAUGUUGGUAUAUGAGUACUUGCCAAACAGAAGCCUCGACUUCUUCAUUUUUGAUAAAAUGAAAGGGGUGAUAUUGGACUGGAUGAGACGAUUUGAAAUCAUCAUAGGGAUCGCUCGAGGUUUAUUGUAUCUGCAUCAAGAUUCAAGACUGAAAAUCAUCCACAGAGAUUUAAAAGCAAGCAAUGUUCUGCUGGAUGCUACAAUGAACCCAAAAAUUUCAGAUUUUGGAAUGGCUAGAUUAUUCGGAGAUGAUCAAAUAGAGGCCAAUACAGAAAGAGUUGUUGGAACCUAUGGGUACAUGUCUCCAGAGUAUGCAAUGGAAGGUCUUUAUUCGACAAAAUCGGAUGUUUUUAGCUUUGGAGUAUUGACACUUGAGAUUGUAAGCAGCACGAAAAGCAACCAGUGUUACCAAGCAAGACCGUCCUCUAGCUUGAUUGGUCAUGUGUGGGACUUGUGGAGUGAAGGAAGAUCGCUGGACAUGGUGGAUUCAUCGACAAUGGGAGAAUCAUUUUCCACGGAUCAAGUCAUGAGGUGCGUUCAGAUUGGACUCUUGUGCGUCCAAGAAUCCCCAAUCGAUCGACCGACUAUGCUAGAUGUUGUUUUCAUGUUGGGAAAUGCAAACACUCUUCCAUCUCCCAAGAAGCCCGCAUUCAUACUCAACAAAAAAUAUGAUGACGCAUAUCCAGCAACGACCACUGCCACCGGAUCAUCUGGAGUUCCUUCCAUUAACCACUUAACAACAACCACUUUGGUAGCUAGAUGAUAUAUAGAUGACAACCACAUAUAAAAAGUAGUGCUUCACACUUGAGCUUAGUAAUUUUUGUGUAGUUACUAAAAAUAAACAACUAUGUUGUUCUGCAUCUUAAACUCUACUUUGUUCACCAUCAAACUAUGGGAAAAGUAUAUUUGGUGCCAAAAUGAACUAACCUGCAUUGGGCCAACAAUGGAUAAACGACCAGAGCCCAUUCGGCAUGUGUUGCGGAGGCCCGGUAUUGAUGCUUACCUUGUUGGAUUUGCAGCGGAUUCAUGUCACCAGAAUAUGCAAUGGAGGGUCUAUACAAAGUUUGUUAACCUGAUUUAGCCUGUUGGCUUGGUCGAGCAAGUGAGUUGAGAAUUAAUGGUCCGAUCGCUUUAAUCCGAAUACACAUAUGAAAACAUC